AUGGCUCAAUCUUUUCACCUUUCUUCUCCCAUCACGGGCAUUAAUCCCAUAAAACCUAGUCAUUGUUGCUCCGACCUGGUUGCGCUCGAUGUAACUCCGAAGGAGUUGGUCGAGGGAACACACGCAGCGAGGUCGGAGCGCAAGAAGGUGAUUGUGGUGGGUGCUGGAGUUUCAGGACUGCAUGCCGCGGCUGUUCUGCACCGCCAUGGCUGUGAGGUGGUGGUAUUAGAAGCACGCGAUCGCAUUGGUGGAAGAAUCUUGACCAGCCGAAAGGGUGACCAUGUCCGAGAUAUUGGUGCCGCUUGGAUGCAUGAAACUUCCCAGAACAUCCUGGUGAAACUCAUUCCCCAGCUAUCUAUCCCAUAUUAUUAUGACGAUGGCGUUCCUCUGUACUUUACCAGGGAAGGCCGAACUGGAUCCCAGUUCAAAGCUAAGAAAGUCGCAGACGAGUUCGCGGAUUACUGCGAGUGGUUUUACGAAACUAACCCGGAGGCCGAGGACCGUCCUGUCCACGAAUUCGCCAAAGAGUUCGUCCUCCAACACCAGCUCAUCACCGAAGAUGAGCGUGAUUGGGCUCCCCAGGCUGUCCGCGAGGUAGAAUUGUGGAUCGGCACUAGUACGGAUCAAGCAUCGUCCAAACAUCUCUCUUACUUCAUUACUGAGCGCAAUCUAUAUAUGAAGGGCGGCUAUGAUCGGAUCGUCAACUGGACUGCGGAGCCUCUUCGAAGCGAUCCAAGCAUCAUCAGACUCAACCACCUCGUUGAGGACGUGGAGUGGAAUGAAGACGGGACUGCGCCAGCUCGAAUCCGGUACAAGGAUGCUGCUGGAGAAAUCGGGUUCAUCGGAGGAGAUGCAGUCAUCAUGACUAGCCCACUGGGAGUCUACCACCACAACCUCAUCUCGUUCAACCCGCCCUUGCCGAGUGACAUCGAAGAGGGCAUGUCCAAGUUCAGCUACGGCGCCUUGGGCAAAGUGUUUUUCGAGUUCGCCGAAGUCUUCUGGUCAAAGGAGAAUGACCAGUUUGUCUUCUACCCAUCUCCGCCAGAGGAAUCGGAUGUUUCGUCUGGGUCAUCGGUGCAGUCCAACCCCAGCAUACUCUCCAUCGGGGAGAAUGAUAACAUCCUCAACUACGCCACCGUGACAAUCAAUCUAUGGAUUAUGACGGGCAGCAAAGAGCUGUGCGUACAGAUUGCCGAGCCUCUGACACAGCGCAUCGAGAACAUGCAAGAUUCGAAGGAGAUAUAUCUAUUUUUUGAACCGCUUUUCAAAUUAUUCCGCACAGAACCUUACAAGGCUUUGCCCCGCCUGAUCAAUGUUGAAACUACACAUUGGACCCAGGACCCGCUGGCCGGGUAUGGAAGUUACUCAGCCGACAAGGUUGGAGACGAGCCGCAGCUGCUGGUGGAUGCGUUGGAAAACCACAAAGCUAGUCGCUUGCAGUUCGCCGGUGAGCAUUGUACCCUUGUUGGCAAUGGCUGCGUGCAUGGUGCUUACAAGUCGGGUGAAACCGCUGCAAACAACCUGCUCGAGGCCUUUGGCAUUCCCCAUGAUGGUGUCGAUGACCUUAGCCUGAAAUGA